AGGCUGUGCUGGAGGUAGAGGUGCACAUGCGAGCGGCGUGCCUUGGUUCCUGCAGCAUGAGAGCAGGCGGGCGUUCGUGGCGAGGGCGCUUCGGAGCCUGAUUGCGGGCGGGCCGUGCGAGGAUCACCCGCAGCUCUGCCUAGCCUACCUGCUGGUAGAGGCCUCCCAAGCCCUGGCAGACGAUGACACCACCGCCACCAUCACCACCGCCUCUGAUGCCGCACCAACACCCACUGAACCCCAGCAACAGCCCCAACAGCAGCCCCUGCCCUGCCUAGAUCGCGCCCGACAGGCCGCCCGCAGCCUCCUCAGCCAACACCGCAAUAGCCUGCCGCUGCUGGCGGCGCUGGCAGCGCUGGAGGAGGCGGCGGGGCAGACCCGGGCGGCGCGGAGGAUACGUGACGCCGCGCUGGCGGGGGCGGCGGCGCUCCCUGAGCAGCAGCGGCACCUGCUGCCGCUGCUGGUGCACCAGUAUGUGGAGGCGGAGCGGGCGGCUGCUGCUGCUGCUGCGGCGGCGGCGGCUGACGCUACCGCAGGAGGGGGCGGUGGUGGCGGUGGAGGUGGUGGUGCUACCGCGGCGGCGGCGUUGGAGCAUGCGCUUCGUGCGCAUCACGUGUUGAGGUGGUUCCUUACAGCGGCGGCUGCGGCAGCGCCGACGGGUGGUUGUACGACAGCGACGGCGGCGGCGGCGGUGACGUAUGUGCCGUACAAGGCGGGUGGCGCAGUGACGCGGGAUGAUGUGGCGGCGGCACGACGGGGCUUCGAGUCGCGCAUUCCCGGGUUGCUGGCCACGAGGGGCGGUUCCCUGGACGCCCCCUCCGCCUCCCACCUCUACCUAGGCGGCCUCUUCGAGUGCCUCACAGGCCGCCUCUUCCCCGCAGCCGGCGGAGGCGGCACCGCGGCGGCUCUCACCGUCUUCAAGCACGCGGCGGCGGCGGUGCCGGCGGCGGUACGGCAGGCCAGCGGCUACCAUGAGGCCCUGGCGGUGUCGUACUGCGGGCUGUUGGUUUCGGAGCUCGCUGAGGGGGGGACCGGCAGCGGCGGAGGCGGCGGUGUGCAGCCGGGCCGAGUGCGAGAUGUGCUGAUGCAGGCCCUGGAGCUCUACCCGCACAGCCCGCUGCUGCUGGCGCUGCGGGUGCAGCUGGGGCGCGCGCUGCGGGGCCGCUGCCGCCUGCGUCGCGACCUGGCGGCGCUAGCGGCGGGACUGCGGCGGGCGGCGGAGGGGGCGGCGGAGCAGCUGGCGGAGGAGGCGGAGGCGGCGAGGGAGGGAGGAGCGGUCGUAGGCCCCACCUCGCCCUCCUCAGCAGCCCCCGCAAUCGCCGCAGCUGCAGUCUGGUGGGCCCAGAUGGCAGCGGAGACGGAGGAACCCGAGCCCCAGGAUGCCCAUAUGGAUCGGGGUUUCGCCUCCCGGCAACAACAACCGCAGCAGCAGCAGCGGCGGCUUCAGCCCUACGUGUUCCGCAAGGCAGCUGACCCACGGGUCACUCGGCUGCUGGAACGCGCGGCGGCGGCUCGACAUCUCGCUCCAUGCGCGGCCGUGUGGGCGACCUAUCUGGCACAUGAAGCGGCGGCAGCGGCAGUCGCAGAGGCCACCGCCGCAGCAGCCAGGGCGGGCAGCAUGGGCAACGGUGCCGGGGCCGGGGCCGGAGCAGCAGCCACGGCGGCAGCUGCUGCUACACACCUGUCGUACGCCAAGCGUGUUUUCCUUCGUGCCGUACGAGAGGUCCCACUAUCUAAGGAGGUCUGGUUGCAGGGACUGGAGCUGCUGGGGUGCGAGGACGCUGCGGAUGGAGGUACGGCAACUGCUGAGACAGCGGG